UUAGUAAAUAUAAUGUGGCGUGGGUAGCAGUCAGUGUAGAUAACACACCACCAACUCACAAGUUCAGGCGAAAAAUGAUGAAAGCUGUGUGUUUGGUUCUGCUAUUUGCCCUAAUAAUAAUCUUCAUACCAUCAGAAUCCUCAUCCAGAUCAUCAUCAAUCACCCUAAAACCUCAACCUAACCCUAACUUCAAGAUCUUCAACUCUACUGAUCACAAGAAUGCAAGAACCUGUUCGUUCACCGUAGAAGUCACCACCAGCUGUUCUUCCACUACUUACACUCGUGACCAGAUCAGUCUAGCCUUCGGCGAUGCUUACGGCAAUCAGGUUUAUGUGCCGAGAAUAGAUGAUCCGUCGACGAGGACGUUUGAGCGGUGUUCAUCGGAUACGUUUGAGUUAUACGGGCCGUGUACGUAUGAGGUAUGUUAUUUGUAUUUGUACAGGAGUGGAUAUGACGGGUGGAUGCCAGAGAGAGUAGAUGUGUACGGGUAUAAUAUACGGGCGGUUUCCUUUUCUUUCAAUGUUUGGAUUCCGGCUGAUGUUUGGUAUGGACCGGAUUACUGUUAUGGCUACGCGGCUCGUAUGGCAGCGAAAUAGGGUCCGUUCUGUAUCUAUCCUCUCGAAUAAAGGUUGACACGAGGUAUGUGACCCGGACUACCUGGUCGCAAUUGUACCAUAAUAAUGAAUAUUGUCACUAUGGGAGUUUUUUUAAAGAAAUCCUGGAGAUUCUGUAUUUUGUGAUGUAUAUUUGAAACUUUGAAUCAUAUCUGGUUUCGAAUCUUACAAAAUAUAUAUAA